AUGCUUUUAUCAAGAAAUAUAAUAAAUUGUUUUAAAUUUAAAAGAAAAUAUUAUUGCUCGCAAAAUUAUUCAACAGAGAUCAAAAGUAAUGGGCUGAAGGUAUUGUUUUUUGGUACGGAUACAUUUUCCCUGCCCAGUUUGAAAGUGUUACACAAGCAUAAUGGGAGCAAUGACCAACUGGGAGUGGUAACAUCCUUCAAAAGUCCGGCAAAUUGUGUACGUGUCUAUGCGGAACAACAAAAACUAUUGCUACACAAAUGGCCCAUUACACCGGAACAUUGUAGGCCCUUUGAUUUGGGUGUUGUGGUAUCAUUUGGGCAUUUAAUACCAACACCUAUUAUUAAGGCAUUUCCACUAGGCAUGAUUAACGUCCACGCCAGCUUGUUACCCCGUUGGCGUGGUGCCGCUCCCAUAAUUUAUUCCAUUAUGAAUGGUGAUCAAGAGACGGGUGUUAGUAUUAUGCGUAUUGAACCCAAACGUUUUGAUGUUGGUGAUGUAUUUGCCCAGCAAAAGGUUAAAAUAGAUCCGGGGGUAUUUAUGCCUGAGUUACAUAAGGAGUUGUCGGAAAAGGGAGCAGAUCUACUGUGGCAAGUUAUUUCAGAGUAUCCGAAAUCAUUUGAGAAUCCCAUGAAACAAAAUGAUCAAGAGGCAACAUAUGCCCCCAAAAUAACCCCCGAUAUAUAUGAAAUCAACUGGAAUCGCCUCACAGCCUUGGAAGUUUUUAAUCGCCACAGAGCCUUAUACGGUUUUAAAUCCCUAACCUCAAAAUUCCAACAAAAGUCAAUAGAGUUAUUGGAAAUUAGUUUACCCGCUCAAACAUCGGCUACGGAAGGUUCCAGUUCUUCACCCGGUUCCUUAUCCUACCACUAUAAACGUAAAUGCCUAAGGGUACAAUGUGCCAAUAAUACCUUUAUAGAAGUCCACCGUUUGCGCAUUGAGGGCAAAAAGGCCAUGAGUGCUAUGGAUUUUAAUAAUGGCUUCCUAAAGAAGUUGCAAUCGUCGGAAAUGGAAUUUCAAUAUAAUAAAGUUAUUUGUUGCUAGUAUAAUUGGAAA